UACUACGUGUGUGAAGGAGUUCCUACAGGAGGAGGGGGGAUCAAGUUGCAUCUUUUUUUUUUUUUUUUCCCUCCUUCCUUUAAAGUGGAGCUCCAGAGCCAGGGCGCGGAACGACAGAUCUUUUUUUAAUUGUUCCAAAGCAGGAACUGCUCAGCUGUUUGAUUUUUUUUUUGCAGAACUAAAUAAUAAUAAUAAUAAUAAUAAUACAACAGAGAUGAGUAUCGAGACGCUUUUGGAGGCAGCCAGGUUUUUAGAAUUGCAAGCCCAGCAACAACAGAAAGCACGUGAAGAGAACGAGUUUCGGGAGAGACUGCGCCUCAAACAGGAAGCAGGGACGCAAAGAGCGGAAGCACCCCCCUGCAUUCCAGCCACGCAUGUUAAUCACACGACCACAAAGGAGGAGUCGAGUCCAGAGCAUAAGCAUGCCCCUUCACCAUCAGCCCUGUCCUCUCCUCCUCCCCAUCCUGCUCCCUCCAUUCCUAUCACAGUCAUUCCCAUUCCUGUAGUGUCAUCCAGCCCGACCACCUCACCUGCAUCCCCUCACCUCGGCGUGCCCCCAAAAGACACCCACUCACCCCCAUCUCAGCACGUACUGCCCCAACAUGCAGUCGUACCCCAUCAGACUAAUGGCCCAAAACAGGCCCAGACCCUGCAACCUUACCCUGGGUCCAUCGUUAGAACAUCCCAGCAUGCUCUUCUGUCCCAGCCAGCAAACACACCAGCACAGCCAAGCCUCAUGGCCAAAAACAGCCCUCCUGAGGAUCAUCGUGGCCUGGAUGGCAAGAAAAGACCUGGAGGAGCAGGAACAAGGGAAGUGCAUAACAAGCUUGAAAAAAACAGGCGCAAACACUUAAAGGAAUGCUUCGAAACCCUGAAGAAGAACAUCCCGAAUGUAGAUGAAAAGAAAACCUCCAAUCUGAGUGUGCUGAGAAGUGCGCUAAGAUACAUUCAGACUCUGAAGAGGAAAGAGAAGGAGUAUGAACAUGAAAUGGAGCGCCUGGCCCGUGAGAAGAUCUCGACCCAGCAGAGGCUGGCUGAGCUGAAGAACGAGCUCAGCCAGUGGAUGGACAUGAUGGAGGUUGAGCGGCUGGUGCGUCAGACCGUUCAACCUGAAGAUGACCAAGCAUCCACCUCCACAGCCUCAGAAGGUGAAGAUAACAUUGAUGAGGACAUCGAAGAAGAGGGCAUGCUGACCUCUUCUCACUCAUUACCCAGAGUGCUUCAGCCAGAGCUCAGGAAGCCAUCUCCAUCUCAGUCCCAAACUCUUUCUGUCCCAUCCAAACCCUCCCAGCCUCCACCAACUGUUAUUGCAUCAUCUGCCUCAGCCUCUGUCCAGCCUUCCUCGCCCUCACUCGCCUUGCCCUCUGCACAGGCAGCAGUGGCCCAGCAGCCCCAGACCAUGGUGGCCCCUCAGAGCUUGGCAUACGGACAUAUCGUAGCCACUCCCACCAUCCAGCCAACAGUAAUCACACACGCUUCUUCACACGCCUCUGUCAUCCAGGCAGUCAAUCACGUCACCCAGACGGGCACCAAGCACAUCGCCCACAUCGCCCCUUCCACCACUUCUUCCCCGUCCUCUACCACCAGUGCUAUACAGCUGGCACCUGGACCUCAGACCAUCGGGCACAUCACAGUGCACCCAGUGACGCACCUUCCCACACUAUACCCACAACCAGUUACCAUCUCACACACUCUCUCGCAUGGUCAGGCUAACGGUGCCCCAGCGUUGGCCAAACAGACGCCCGUUGGGCAUCAGGUGCUCACACAUCACCCGCAGCUGGUGGGUCAGACUGUCCUCAACCCAGUUACCAUGGUGACCAUGCCCUCUUUCCCCGUCAGCACAUUGAAGCUGGCAUGAGAACGGGAGUCCCUGCUAGUCACAUCCAGCAUUACAGCAGACAAAAGCAGUACAUUCCAAAUAAAAAUGAAUAUAUGAAGAUUCUAAGACAAAUUUAUCUAAAUUUAUAUAUAGCUGUUACGUUGUAUGGUAAAAGGAAAAAAAAAAGUUUUGUAUCCUUUUGUGUGGAUGAGAUUAGAUUGUGAUGUCCUCUUUCAUGCUGCUAUGUGUGUCUGUGUGUGCGAGAGAAAGAGAGAUGGUGAACAGAAAGGUGGAUGAUGUGGCAAAAAUAUCACAAUAAUUCAAGACGUUUUCACAAAAUAUCAUAUUUACGUUUGCUCACAAAGUGCCAGUAAAUUCAGUGCUGCAGUUAAAAACUGUACAAAAUCUGAUUAUAUUUGGAUCCAAAAGUAAAUGAUCACAGAACGAAAGGGAAAAUUAUCCAUUUGGUACAAAUUUAUAAUUUAACUUGCAAUCAGUUGCUUUUUAAUAAAAUUGGUUAUUGUCAUAGAAGUAUUGUUCCAUCACCUCGCCCCAGGAGCAGAAAUUUGGGAGUCGUGUGGUAACCUUGACGAUCUUCGCAAGCUACUGUGUCGUGUGCCUGACGGUAUAGAUUGUGUGACUGUAGUGUUCUGUGGUUUAGUUCAGAACCUUAGUGUACUUCCUACUCAUCAGCUCAUAGGACAGUUUUUAUAAACCAUGGUUUGUGAUGAAUUUAAUUUCAAAAUCGAGUUCUAGCACCGUAUCAAUUGUGUAACUGCCCUUUUACGUGGCAUUUCAACGUUUUUAUUUGACCUUUAACAGAAAGUAUCUGUUGCAGGAAUUCAGCAUGCAAUUUUCUUGAAUGUUUUCAUGAAUUUUUUUUUUUUUCCCCUUCCCUUCCCCUAUCUAACAUUUUCAGGGUGUUGCAUUCUUGAUUUAUGAUUGCAUGUAGUGCAUUUUGGACCGAGGAACUUGAGUGAAAUCAUCUCCUGUGCCUUUAACCAUGCCUCUGUGGCACUGCGGUUCUCUUCCAUGCUGCACAGACGUCCUCUGGUGUCCUCUGUCUGGAACUGCACUCUCCACUGGCACACCAGUCAUUAGCUGCAGAAGUGAGAUUCUGCUCGAGUGCCCAGCCUAGCCAGCAAAACAUGAGGUCCCAGUUCUGUAGCUAUCGCUGUGCCAUGGAGGGGUUACAGUGUAGUAAAAGAAUUAAAUAUGAGAUCCUGAACUUUUAUUGUGAAUGUACUUUUUCUGUGUUGAGAUGGAACACAUUCAAUGCCUUCAUCAUGUAGCUGAUUUAAUGUGAGCUUUAGGUUUGGCAGGAGUGUAGUGUCAUUGUUACUAAGGAGGGAGGGUGUGUGUGUGUGUGUGUGUGCGUGCGCUUGUGGUAGGUGUGUAUGGCAUAUUCUACUUUGUCAACUUCCAUCUGAUUAAUGCUGAUGAAUUUGACUGUGUUUGAUAGUGUGUUUGUGACUAAUAGUACAUAGUGGAAAUGCAGUACAUCAUCCAGAGCUUCUGUGAAAACAUCAAGCUGCAACAAGAAUGUGAUCCUGUAGGAGUGUAAAUUCAGAAAGACCGGUCCCAUCACUGAACUACUCAAAGGUGGUGGAUAUUUAUAAUAGUCCAAUCCAAACACCUGGGUCUUGACUGAACCACACUGAACACUCCACAGACCUGCAAGUCCAACCUAAUCUGGAUGUCCUCUGAGAUUUGACGUGCAAACCUCGAACACUGUGAUAUUACUCAUGUGACCCACAAAAAGAACAGCCCGAGUUUACAAUAUUAAUAUUACCAAGCACUCAUUCAACCUAGCACAGUCCCUUAUUAAUUUCGACGCUUCAUGAAUGAGAAUUUAAACUUCAUCUUUCGUGAAAUCUGUUUGAAGUUUGUUUUAACACGCACUAGGAUGCACAUGUUUAACCAGUUUAACACCUUUUAUGGUUCAGCAUGUUUGAUUUGGUAUGUAGAUGAAUGACUUGUCGGGGAAAACUGUUUUAGGGGAUCAUAUACAGUACUGUAUACUACGGGGUAACCUUUCUGACCUCUGUCCACAUUAAUAUUAUAUAUACAAAAAGUGUGUUUUUUCCCUAUGGAGAAAGUUUAUGUUGUGUGUGUGUGUGUAUAGCCUGUACAUUUGGGGCUGCACAGAUCUAACUGUCCAUCAUGUUCAAGUUCUGAAUGAAGAGGAAGAGCAAAACUAGAACAAAUGUUGAAUAAAUAAAAUCGUUACCUUCGCA